ACGGUAAAAUUGCAAGAACUGUAUUCCGCGUGCAACGGACACCAAAGCACAAUGUGGACGUGCACGAUUAUCUUUGGAACAGAAGACGCCUGGAACAAAUGCUACGCUGUUAGUCCCAGUCUUCAAGGAUAUUCAUUUUAGACCUAAUUUUUAUUGUCAAAAUUUCAGUAAAAAAUGUCACGGUUCUUCAAUCUUGCACUAAAACUGUAUCCAGCAUUUCAAGAGGCUGCAGUUGAGUCUACCAUAGCUCGAUACUCGGGAGGCUGCUCAUCGAAGAAGAAGAACAGUAACUGUGCUAAGAAAAAGGAUCCAUGCAAGAAACCUGAGCCGUGCAAGCCAGCUCCCUGCCCACAACCUGAUCCGUGCAAGAAACCACCGCCUUGUCCUCCAAAACCACCUCCAUGUCCAAAACCUGAUCCGUGCAAGAAACCAGAUCCAUGUCCAAAACCAGAUCCCUGUCCAAAACCAGAUCCCUGUCCAAAACCUGAUCCUUGCAAGAAACCAGACCCUUGUCCUCCAAAACCACCUCCGUGUCCAAAACCAGAUCCCUGUCCAAAACCAGAUCCUUGUCCAAAACCAGAUCCCUGUCCAAAACCUGAUCCAUGCAAGAAACCAGAUCCCUGUCCAAAACCUGAUCCUUGCAAGAAACCAGAUCCCUGCCCAAAACCUGAUCCAUGCAAGAAACCAGAUCCUUGUCCCAAACCCGAUCCCUGUCCAAAACCUGAUCCAUGCAAGAAGCCAGAUCCUUGUCCAAAACCUGACCCAUGCAAGAAACCUGAUCCCUGCCCAAAACCAGAUCCCUGUCCAAAGCCAGAUCCCUGUCCAAAACCAGACCCCUGUCCAAAACCUAAUCCAUGUCCAAAGUGUUAGUGACUAGACGAAAGAAUCUUCUCCAAAAUGAUAAUUUUGUCCCAAAGAGAGAAAACGUAGCCUAUAUUGAGUGUGGAAGCGACCUGGGCGCCCCGGGACCUUUUCUCACUUCCACAGUGGGGCCACCUACAGUCUUCUGCACCUGAUGUGUCUGACAGUAAGGAAAAUGGUGCAGAGGAGCGAAACAAAUAUCACAAGGAGCGUCGGUGCACGCGGAGACAAUUUAAAGCAGCCUUCGAGAAACAACAGAUGCAGUUUCAGUGCAUUUCCAUAAAUCUGUCCGAAUGUCAUUAAUUAUUUAUAUGGAGAUAUCGUUACUUUUCUUGUAGCAGGCACACCUUUAUACGGCAGCAUCAUCUCUUGGGUUCUGUGUCAAUAUCACGUGAAAAUGUUCGGCAAAAUUUCAAAUCAAUAAAAACAUGCAUUGGUAUGUAGAUACAUAUUACACAAAGAUCAAUUAAAUUUUAACGUUUUCUUCUCA